AUGGGGUCUCGUUCGGGGUCUCUUCCGAGCAUGGAAGCGAUCGUCCAGAACGGCGCCUUGGCCGGUAGACACCCGGCUCAGAGGGCCCGGCACCUGUUGACGGGAUCGCCCAAGUUUGACAGGCCCAGAAGUAAGUCCAUGAGUGUGAAACAGGGCCAAACACCCACCUCCGCCCAGGGGUCUGCGCUGUCACAGGCCCAGCUGAUCACCUGGCAGCUGGGAUUGGCCAACCAGCGGCUGGCCGACGGGGAGAUGGAUAUGAAUGAGAGUGCGUUUGCCCUGGGGGCACAGAGCGAGGCCGAUAUCCCCUCGUCCUUGCAGCUGAGUGACUUCAACUCACACAUGAGCCACAACACACACCACGGCAGUGAAGGCAAUUUGAGUCUGGGUGCCUCGGGCGUGAUGGAUUUCGCCACCCACCCGGCUUCCGAGGGUAGAUCGUCGGUCGGUAGCCAUGGUAACGGAGCAGGAGGGGUGGCGGACCUCGCCAGUACACCUCUGGGUGAUGGUGGCCUACCUGGUAGCAGUAGUGGCCCAAACAGCAAGCGGAGUACCAGUGGCACACUCAGCCGAAACGUCAGCGGCGGUACGGGCAGCGGCAGUGCCGACAAGGUCAACGAGACCGUUGCGCGGGUACAGAACAUCAUGAGCCACGGGCAGAUCACCGACGAGCAGGCCUUGGCUCUGAAGGACACCCUUACGGCCCUAACUAACCUCAAGGCACUACAGGAACGCCAGGACAGUCGGGGGAGUGGGACAUCUGCCGGUGGCGGGUUAGUAGCAGGCAGUAGCGGCAGUAUGAGUGGGAGUGGCGAGGUCACACCCGGGAUCGUGACCGAGGCGAAAUGUAGUUCGAAUGUGGGUGUGCUGCCGAGCAUUGGCGAGUAUGUGACGGAGGUGGUGGAUGUGCUCGAGGAAGCGCUGGCCAAGUUUACGUUUUCCAUGAGGCCGGGGGGGGGCAAGACGGCCCCGGGUACAGGUGUUAUGGGGGCCAACCACAUCACCAACCUGGCUAUGCGCUCUCCCAUGGGGACUAUAAUGGACGGCGGUAGUCUGAGCGGGAGUAUGCUCAACUCGCCUAUCUUACACCGGAGUGCUAUAAGCAGUCCGCAGGUGUCCCUGGAGGCACCCAUCGGUCUGCCUGCGCCGCUCAACGACGGGUCGAGUGGUGUUAUAGACGCCCCCUCACUGACCAGCCUGAACCUAGCAGACUUUGACAUGAACAAUCUCGGCAAUCUCGAUGGGUUGAUCCCCGGGGCCGAGUACCCCAACGGUUGCGAUAAUAUGCGGUCGUCCUUGAGCAGUCAGAACCUGGUGGGUGCCUCGCCAGGGGAAACCUUUUCCCCGAUGUUCGGGGAUAUGGGGGCAGAGCACGAGGACUUGGACCUGAAUAUAAUGAUGGAUCCGUUCCUAUCGUCCGAUUUAUACGGGCCUAUGGGUAACGUAGCCGAGCUUGAUCUCAGUACUGGACCCCUCCCAGACAGCCUGAGGGGCUCGCUGGGUAGUGAUGUAGGUAAUAUAGGUAAUACGCCCCGCACGGCUACUAUGACCGACCCGGCUGGUCUGUCUGGCGGGGGCCUAGAUGCUGGGCUGGGGAUAGGCAUGGACGAAGACACCCACAUGAACGAUGCCUACAGCCCAAUCGCGGGUACAGACACAACACACAUGGACGCAAGUGCUAAGGCCACCCAACCACCGCAGUAUGUGGAGGGUACGGCAUCGGGCGGGGCUACGGGGUCCCCCCACAUGAGUCCUAGGGCCGCACCUGGCGACAAAGAUAGGACCGGCGCGCACCCGUUCCAACCCAUCGAGAUCACUACCGACGGACUGGUCAGCCCCAGCCCUCCGCCGAGAUCCACACCUGAGGCGGGCAGCCCGAAUACAGGCCAAGCAUUGGAGGGGAACAUGCACCUUGACGACGGCAAGAGCGUAGCAACACCUAGCAACGACCUUCCGGUGCCUCACGGUAGGUCUGGGCCUGGGUCGUCUCCCUUGGCCCGGCAGGGUCAAGUGUUUGAGAAGCCCACGAAUAGCCUGGCCGGCAUUCGAGGCGAGCUGAUGGAGGGUGCAGUGGAGGGUAUGAACGGGUUGUUGGACACAUUUUCUGGCUGGUCAGGCAAUUCGUGGGGCUCAGAGGAGAAGAAGCAAUAG